UUUGGAUUCAGAUCAGGCGAGGCCUUGAGGCCACGAAAGCAAGCGAGGGUUCUGGAGAAAAAGUCGUCGUACAGCCUGACCGCUUUCCAUUCCUUCUCUCUCUCUCUUCUCUUCGCACAACUCCUGCUUACAACACCAUUGGGUCUGAAUCCGUCUACGCGUGAAGAGGAUCUUGUACUCCAUCGCAAGACCUCUCGACUUUCUUUACUCCCGCCAAUCCAACACCUCCUCCAUUGAAACACCACCCCACCCAGCUGCACACUCUUUCACAUCUCCCCCCAGCAAACAUGAAGGCCCUCAUCCUCGUCGGCGGCUUCGGCACCCGUCUCCGCCCCCUCACCCUCUCCCUCCCCAAGCCGCUCGUCGAAUUCGGCAACAGACCCAUGAUCGCCCACCAAAUCGAAGCGCUGGCCCAAGCCGGCGUGACCGACAUUGUGCUCGCCGUCAACUACCGACCGGAGGUCAUGACGGCCGCACUGAAAAAGUACGAGGAGCAGUACAACGUGAAGAUUGAGUUUUCCGUCGAGACCGAACCGCUCGGCACCGCGGGCCCGCUCAAGCUCGCCGAGAAGAUCCUCGGGCGCGGCGACGAGCCCUUCUUCGUCCUCAACUCCGACGUCAUUUGCGAGUACCCCUUCCAGCAGCUCGCCGAGUUCCACAAGCAGCACGGGCAAGAGGGCACAAUCGUCGUGACGAAAGUCGAGGAGCCGAGCAAGUACGGCGUGAUCGUGCACAAGCCCGACCACCCCUCGCGCAUCGACCGCUUCGUCGAGAAGCCCGUCGAGUUCGUGGGCAACCGCAUCAACGCGGGCAUCUACAUCCUCAACCCCUCGGUGCUGUCGCGCAUCGAGCUGCGCCCCACCUCCAUCGAACAGGAGACCUUCCCCGCCAUGGUGACGGACGGCGAACUGCACUCCUUCGACCUCGACGGCUUCUGGAUGGACGUCGGGCAGCCGAAGGACUUCCUCUCCGGCACGUGUCUCUACCUCUCCUCGCUCGCCAAGAAGAACAGCAAAGCCCUCGCUUCCACCUCCGAGUCGUGGGUCCACGGCGGCAACGUCAUGGUCGACGAGUCGGCCAAGAUUGGCAAGAAUUGCAAAAUUGGACCGAAUGUGGUCAUCGGGCCGAACGUGGUUAUUGGCGAUGGCGUGCGGUUGCAGCGCUGCGUGUUGCUGCAGGGCUCCAAGGUGAAGGAGCAUGCGUGGGUCAAGAGCACGAUUGUGGGGUGGAACAGCACGAUUGGCCGCUGGGCGCGCAUGGAGAAUGUGAGCGUGUUGGGCGAUGAUGUGACGAUUGGCGACGAGGUCUACUGCAAUGGUGCGAGCGUGUUGCCGCACAAGAGCAUCAAGCAGAACGUGGAUGUUCCCGCGAUUAUCAUGUAAAGCGUUGUCUCUGCCGGUUUGAAACAAGGCGCGAGUGUACUCUCCCCUACUCCGAAAAGCGUGUUGGAAGGGGCUUAGAACUUUUGGGGGUGGAUUGCUGCCGGUUGCAUUGCGUGGAGGCAGGCGUUUUUGCGACAUGAUAGAGAUAA